GCGGCGGCAGGUGCAACGUGACGUCAUCACGGCGCUUAGUUACUCCACUAAAGAUUUACAGACAAUACAACAGCACUCAAAGUAAGAUCAGCGCGAGCUGAUAGCGGACCUGAUCGAUUCAGAUGAGCGCAGCAGAGCAGUGAAACAGCUCGAGAUCAAUUCACGCGGUUAUUAUUGAUCGUGAAGUGAAAAGAUGGGCCGUAAGAAACAGGAGGAAGAGCAAAACAACUCCGAGUAUGGUGAACCAGCUAAAUAUGACCCCACAUUCACCGGCCCAAUUCACAACAGAAGCUGUACGGACAUCAUAUGUUGUGUUCUGUUCAUGCUGGUCAUCGGCGGUUACAUGGUGGUAGGAAUUCUGGCCUGGCUGUACGGAGAUCCUCGACAUGUGUUGUAUCCCAGAAACUCCACGGGAAUGUUCUGCGGAAUCGGACAGAACAAGGACAGACCCAGUGUCAUGUACUUUGACAUCCUCAAAUGUGCCACAGCGACAAACAUCAUGGCUGCCGCUCUGCAGGGUCUCCAGUGUCCCACCACACAGGUGUGUGUGAACACGUGUCCGUCACAGUUCUGGAUUUUGCCUCCUAGCGCCUACUUACCAGGGGCAAAACCGGCUGAUUUUUUCAAUCAGGAGUACUGUGUCCCAUCCUUCCAGCUGAAAGACACUAAAUAUUCGGUAAUGGACAUCGUAAAUAAAGAGUUGUGUCCUUUAUUCAACAUGCCGACAACCUCCGUGUUGGGUCGGUGUUUGCCCAGUUUAGGAGGAAAUGCCUAUAAUCCCAGUAACAUUCCCACAAACUUCAGUCUUCCUGGAUUGAAUGUAAAUGAGACACUGGCAGCGAUCAGGAAUGCCACAGGUGCUGGAGGGGCCACAAACGACGUCACCAACAGCUUCAACAUCAAAGACGUCGGUCUGAGGAUCUUCGAGGACUUCGCCAAGUCAUGGCAGUGGAUCGUAGCUGGUCUGGUGAUUGCGAUGGUGGUCAGCGUUCUCUUCCUGCUUCUGCUGCGUUUCACGGCUCCGGUUCUCGUCUGGGUUCUCAUCAUCGGCGUUCUGGCGGUCGGCGCCUUCGGAAUCUGGUACUGUUAUAAUGAGUACAUGUCUCUGGCGAGCUCGAACCUGUCCUUCAGUAACGUGGGUCUCACCAGUAACGUGCAGGUCUAUCUGCAGGUGCGGGACACCUGGCUGGCCUUCUUGAUUAUUCUGUGUAUUGUCGAGGCCAUCCUUCUGCUGGCGCUGAUCUUCCUGAGGACUCGUAUUCUCAUCGCCAUCGCUCUUAUUCAGGAGACCAGCAAGGCACUGGGUCACAUGAUGUCAACACUGUUCUAUCCCAUCAUCACGUUUGUGCUGCUGUUGGUGUGUGUGUCGUACUGGGGAAUCACAGCACUAUAUCUGGCCACAUCUGGCGCUCCGGUCUACAAGGUGGUGGCCAUGAACACAUCACAGGGAGACUGCAGCGUCAUACGAGCCAACGAGACCUGCGACCCGGAGACGUUCAACAGUACGCAGUAUCCCACGUGUCCGUCGGCGAGCUGCGUCUUCAUCAACUAUAACACAGAGGGUUUGUUCCAGAGGAACCUCUUCAACCUGCAGAUCUAUAACGUGUUUGCGUUCCUGUGGUGCGUGAACUUCGUCAUCGCUCUGGGUCACUGCACACUCGCCGGAGCGUUCGGCUCUUAUUACUGGGCCUUCACCAAACCGGCAGAUAUCCCAACAUUCCCUCUGAUCCAGUCCUUCAUGAGAGCGCUGCGGUAUCACGUGGGCUCUCUGGCGUUCGGCGCUCUGAUUCUCACGCUGGUGCAGAUGGUCCGGAUCAUUCUGGAGUAUCUGGACCACAAGUUCAAAGAGGCUCAGAACCCGUGCACGCGCUUCAUCAUGUGCUGCCUCAAAUGCUGCUUCUGGUGUCUGGAGAAAUUCAUCAAGUUCAUCAACAGGAACGCUUACAUCAUGAUCGCUAUAUACGGGAAGAACUUCUGUGUGUCUGCUAAGAAUGCCUUCUCUCUGCUCAUGAGGAACAUCGUCCGGGUGGUGGUGCUGGAUAAAGUGACAGAUCUGCUGCUGUUCUUCGGGAAGCUCCUGGUGGUCGGUGGAGUCGGUGUGCUGGCCUUCUUCUUCUUCUCCGGCAGGAUUCCGACUCCAGGAACCACGUUUCAAACGGCGGCUCUCAACUACUACUGGAUGCCCAUCAUAACGGUGGUGUUCGGUGCGUAUCUGAUCGCUCACGGCUUCUUCAGUGUGUAUAACAUGGGUGUGGACACACUCUUCCUGUGUUUCUUGGAGGAUCUGGAGCGUAAUGACGGCAGUCCACAGAAACCAUACUUCAUGUCCAAGAACCUGAUGAAGAUCCUCAACAAGAAGAACAAAGCGCCCAAGACGGACUGAUGAUGAUGACGAGGGUUUCUGACUUCAUUCUCUCAAGCACCGUCACUUUCAACUGAAGAGUGAAGAUCCCAGUGUAUCAAUGUACAGAUGCUUUUAAACAUUUUCUUUUUUUCUUAGACAUGUUACUGAGAAUAUCUGAGCCUGAUCUCAACAGAAUCAAGUGUAACUCAUGAAUCAAAACCAGCGAAGAUUAAGGAUCACAUCCAAACUGCUGGAAACCGUUUUACUGAUUUAAAAAAAAACUAUUUGUCCAAAGUACAUGCAAGAAACUUGGAUGAAGAUGGCUGUAAGCCAAAGCAUUUAUUAUUAGCAUUAUUAUCAUUAUAGCAAUAUAUUUGGUUCAUGCUUUUAAUAUGCGAGAUGUGCACAGUGAAGAUAUAUUACAGUACUGUACAAAUGACUGUUUUUGGUGCAGAUUAAUAACUAAAGAUCUAUUCUUUCUAGACUGCUGAACAUUUUUAAAGCUGUAAUCUAUGAGAGAAUAUAUGACACUCCAUAAACCUGAAGGAAAGCCACAGUUUGAAAUGUUUUUAUAGUUGCAGUAGUGCAUGCUCUUAUCCCAUUUUUAUAUGAUUUUCUGCUCAGUUAUGUGUGAUUUAGUGUAAACUGGAAAUGAACAGAGAAUAUUUAUUUUAAGACAUAUACAUUUAAUAAAAAAUGUUGUAUAUUA